AUGGUUCAGAAAUUAGCCAUGCCACGAUAUCUUCCACCAAAUUUCCUUCUCCCCUCCCGCCGCUUCUUCUCCCAAUCGCUCUAUCCACCAUCAUUCGCCUCCGGGCCAGCACCACCUCGCCUCCCUCCGAAAGAGCAAGAAGAAUUCGAGCGUUUGCAGAAAAGUUCCACGGGGGCCUUCAGCACUCCAAGAACUUUAGAAACUGAAAAGGUCGCCCCAUCACCUUCGCGGCCACGUCCUCAGAUCAAUCAAUCCCCAGACUCUACACCUACAGCCGAAGAAAUCAAGAUAAAUGCCCGCGUGGAAGCAACAGGCAAAGGAGAAGAGUUACAUCCGGAUAUCAGAAGAGGCGCUAAGCCUGAAUUCGACGGAGAGAUCAAUCCCAAGACUGGAGAGGUCGGAGGGCCGAAGAAUGAGCCUUUGAGGUGGGGAAGUACGGGAGAGAGGGGCGAUUGGAGUUAUAAUGGACGGGUGACGGACUUUUGA